AUGUUCUUCCAGCUUAUUCUACUAGCAUUGCUCCCUUUCGCUACCACUGCCACUCCGAUCUUGGAACGGUCGGAUAAGUACAAACCCUUGUUCUGCUUCCACAAGGGACAGGACCAGAUGUAUUCGAUCAAUGAUAAUUUGACCAAGGGUAUCUGCACUACACUCAGCAGCGGUACUUAUCUUAAGCAUUUGGUUCUCUCGCCAUGCAGGGUUGCAGACCAUGACGUGGCGGCGUUCAAGGAGCAUUGUGAGAGCCAUAAUUCAAAGAGUGAUCCGACCGAGUGGAAGGCAGGAUCGAAACUGGAUGUCGUGUGGGACCCGAAGGAGCCUUACGAUCUGUACUGCUUUGUCGAAGAGGUGACGUUUGAUGAAAGUAAAACGCAGGCGGGAAUCCAUAUUGCCUCCGAUGCGACACCGGAUGUGUGCCAUGCACUGAAGAGUGGAAAGUACCAAGAUAAUAAGAAGUCGUGCCGGGUCGCGAAGGAGGAUGUCGAUGGGUUCCACAAGAAAUGUUUGCACUAUUAUCCCACCGGUUACCCCCCCUCGUAUUCUACUUGGAUCCCAGGCACUGCUUUGAAGCCUUCCAUGUGA